AUGCCCGAAAUGGAAUAUCUCAUCCGCUUCUCUCAGUCUCACGAGACUUUUCGUCUCCCCGAGAUUGAGGCCCUAGCAAUAGUAGAAGGCAUCGAUCUCAAAGUCAUCUCAUACAGUCUAGAGUCCCCCUUCUGUAUAGUCUCCCUCCCCUCCUCCAGUGCCGCCAGGCGCCUCAUCGCUCGCUCCAUCCUCGUAAUCUCCAUCCACGAGCUCUGGGGCCACGGCGCCACCCUCCCGGAAGUCCACAGCUCCGUCCGCUCUCACACCGAGCCCUUAUGGUCCCAAUACUUGUCCUGCUCCUUCAAGUUCACCAUCGACUCCUACCAAGGCUCUCGCACCAACGACCAAAAACUCUCCAUCAUCAACUCCUUCGCCUACCUCGGAUUCGCCGGCCCGAUCAAGAUGCGCAACCCCGACGAUGAAUUCAUCCUGUUUGAAGACUGGCCAUGGAACUCUACACCUCUCGGCAUCCCCGAUCCAAAGUACUACUACUUUGGUCGGUACCUGGGUACUUCUUCCCGGGAGACGCUGCCCAAAAAGUUGGACCUCAAAAAGAGGAGAUACAUCUCCACGACCUCCAUGGACGCCGAACUAGCCCUGGUCACGGCCAACAUUGCCCUGGCGGCACCGGGAAAACUGAUCUACGACCCCUUCGUCGGCACCGGUUCCUUCCCGAUUGCCUGCGCGCAAUUCGGCGCUUUGACGUUUGGGUCCGAUAUAGACGGGCGCAGCAUCCGAGGUGACGAGAAGAAGAGGACCCUGAGGGGGAACUUUGAGCAAUACGGCCUUACCCAAAACUUGGGCGGAAUGUUCACUGCUGAUUUGACCAACACGCCUAUACGCAAAUCUGCCCUUGGCACUUCCACUUCUGCCUCCUCCUCCUCCUCCUCCUCCUCCUCCUCCUCCUCUUCCUCCUCCCCCGCUGGACAACCAAAAAGUGACGGGGUAAGCGGCAGGAUAUUCGACGCGGUAGUGUGCGACCCGCCCUACGGGGUGCGCGAAGGGCUGAAGGUGUUGGGGGUCAAGGACCCGGAGAAGUGUCCGUGGGUGAUCCCCAAGGGCAUGGAGAUGUACAAGGAUCCGGAUUUCAUCCCGCCUAGGAAGCCAUACAGCUUUUUGUUGAUGUUGGAUGAUAUCCUGCAGUUCUCGGCGCAGACGCUGGUGGAUGGGGGCCGACUGUCGUUCUGGAUGCCGACAGCGAAUGACCAGGAUCAGGAGAUUCCGGUACCGCAGCAUCCUUAUAUGGAGGUUGUGGCUGUUUGUGUGCAGGACUUCAACAAAUGGUCCCGACGAUUAAUAACAUACUGCCGUAUUCCCGAUGCCCAAGUUGAGGCUGCAGCCAUCAAGGCAUAUGAGCAGGCCAAGGCAGAACGGGCCGUCGAAGAAGGCAAGACGGCGGACGACCUGAACCCCUUCCGUAACGCCUACUUCAAGGGGUUCAAAAACUGAUUUCACAUAUCAACACUCUGCCUUGCCAGCUUGUUGCACGGCUACGCAUGUGAAACACAUAUGUGUACGCUCUUCCAGUUGUGUUCCAUUCAGAUACCCCCAUGAAGAUUUAGACAUGUACAAGAAAUGAGUCUCUGCACCGGACAGCCUGAGAUAUGGCGGAUCCUGCUUUGACUGGCAUUCGUCCACCUUCGGUUCCCGUUCAUGCUGACUCUACGCUUUAUACGCCAUGCCUCCACCUGAUGAAUGAUAAAGAACCUCAUCAUGGCUUAUGAGACUAAAACCCCAGGCCCUGUUACUUCCUUGACCCUUCGCUGACUCCUCGUAACAAUGCGUGCGUGUGUGGUAUGUAGAUGUCCUCCUUCGAGUGUCUCUGUUGUCCGUCAAAAUAGACUGCGCUCACGCCCCUGAGAAAAACGCACAACAUGUCAAAUUAGUAACAACUGGUAUCAGACCCCGAUCCCAAACCAGAUAAGCAAUAACAGCAACAUGAGAAGCAAAUGACAUCAUGCGACGGUAUGAAGA